AUGUUGCUCUCUGAGCAAGAUCCGAAUGGCGGCGGCCGCAUGUCUCGAGCCUCCAACGUCUCCGCCCUGAGCCGAACAUCAGGUAAACCCGCAUCGCGGGCACCCAGUUCUGAGAUUCAACCUGCUCUCGAUCGCGGUGUCUCGUCUAUGCUCCGAACCGGGACCGAGAUGGGCAACGUCGGCAUCGGCGCCCAGUUUGACGACUUGUCUGGCAUCAACAAUAUGCAGCGUCCCAUGCGUUCGCGCGCGACCAGCAGGAUGUCGACAGCUUCUUCCAUGUCCAACACCUCUAGCCGAGCCAGCAAGCAGCUCCGUCACUUCCCUUCGUCUUCUUCCGCACCGCGCCAGCCAAUGUCACAUUAUGGGCAGCAGUAUGUUACCGAUACGCUCUCUCCAACAACGAUGAACGCCUCCGGCUCAUCGCCUUUUAAUGGAAGGGCCAAGAGCGACAGGGACUCGCAUCGCUCGCAUUCGAUGACGCAUACCAUACAGCCACCCAGGUUCGGCCUCCAGCAUGCUGGGCAGAGACAAGAAUAUCGUGGCUACAGCAGCCGGCACAAUCCGGGACAUAUAAGGGCCGCGAACCCGUCUUCCCGAUCUACCAUGAGUCUUGAAGAUCGUGCCGCCGUCGAGGACGAAGAAUUCCCUGUUUACGGUGAAUCCUAUCAUCGCGAUCAGCCCAGGCAGAUGCAGAACCUGAACAGCGGACAUCUGAUCCCUCGUAAGGCGCUGGGCAACGUCAUCCGCGAGGCUCGCUUAGAAGAUCGAAGGGAUCAUAGGCCUAGGGGUGGUGAGCCUCGUUCAGAGGCUCCGCCAUUGCCCGUUGAUCACAAACACCGUAUUGCUGUCGAACAAGCUCGUCUCAAGAGGUCUGCGCCUGCUUCCAUGUCCAGUUUUAACACGAACUUGCGUACAGACUCAGACCCACCAUCGUCUGACAUGGCCCUACCGCCAACUCCGAAAGAUGGCAUCUCUAUAGAAGUGCACCGAAGCCUCGAUAGAACCAAGGUCUUCAAAGUCGCAGAUACGAACCGCCUGGUCGUUACAGAAGAACAUUCUGCGGUGCCACAUCAUGGGAUGGAUGAACAGCUCGAACGUAAUGAGGCUGGAGAACCAGGAGCUGAAGCGAUCCCUAUUAGCUUCACAGACCGGACCAAAAUCGUCGUCCAACAGUCUAGUCCUGGUGAAGCGACGUUGAAGAGUGAUCCUUUUUUAGGACAAGAGGCACGACCAAUGUCGAUGGAGGUCGUGUCUCCCCAGUCAUCAAGCAUCGGCCAUAUCGUAAACGGCGUUGCGGAACUCCCAGCGUCCCCAGCAUUUGAUCCUAAGAGGACUGGAGGCUUCAACGACGGACGAUAUCCAGUCUUCCAUAAAGUCAACGAGCUUUUCGGGGGCAUCUCCAUCGCCCGCGGGGAAGCCCUCGUCGCCGUCAAGAAAGUCAUUGGUUCCAAGGUCUCUGUCCCCGAAGUCCCUGACUCCAAAUUCUCCGACGACGUCAAAGACGACCUUCUUGAUUCGUCAACACUUGAAUUUGCAAUUCAACAUUCCAUACCAACAGCCAAAAGCGGUGGCUUCCGAAAUGAAUCUGGCGUUCAACCUGAUGUUUGCAAGAACACUGUCAGUCCUGGCCACAGUACCGAGGAUGGCAUGUCGGAUGUCCUUGCAGGCUACCAAGGAAACGAUUCCAAGAAUGGAACUGGCGCUCUUGUGCGAGUCGGGACGAUCAAGAAAGACAUGAGCGAUACGGAAGAGCAUACAGAUGUUUCGACAGAUCACGACUUGAAACCACUGCCACUUGCUCUUCGCUCCAGGAACAGCCACGUCCAAAAGUCGUCCGAUGAACUGUCCUUCAAGUCGUGCACAGAUCAACCAGAGGCAUCUUUAGAGUCGACAUCGUUCCAGAUGGGAAAGGACCCUGGCAAAGGCUAUUCUGCGUCUGCGAUCGAUGUUGUGUCCCAACAAGAUAGAUCUUGCAAGGAAGCAGAUGCCUGUUCUGUCGAGAUUUCUGCAAGUCCUGUCCGGGCUUCCUCCGUAUCAUCAUCUCGACUACCGUCGUCCAACUUAGGGACUCUGGUCAUGAGCCAAAACAGGGCGACUACUGAGGUGCCUCGGUCAAAGCCUUCCUCUGCUAUGCUUCGCAAGCAGCCGCCAGUGCCUCGCCGAGAAUCAAGCUUCUCCAUCGUGGCAAACAGACUGCGGACCAAUUCAAAGCAGAACAUGAAGCAAGGCUCAGUAUCGGUGUCUGGUUCGUCAUCCACGCUUAGCACCACGCACAUGACGCCGGUGGUCCCACCACGUGAGUCUUCUACUUCAAAGGAAGCUCAACGUGUGCAUGCUGCAGUCUCUUUCUUAAUGCGCCCACUACCAUCGCGCUUUGCUAGGUCUCGAAAGUAUUCCGAGCAAGGCGAUCUGCCGAGGUCAGAUGAGACAAGUCCAUCUGCUCAUGAUGUGAAUCAAGACGUGAGCGAUGCCACGAGCUGUGAUGAGGUCGCAAGUUCAUCCCUGCCUGUUGUGGAGGUGCACGAUACACCAAAAGCUACAUCAUCCAAGCCAAAAGGGGUACCUGCCGUGAAAACGCGAGCCAUUACCUUUGAUACACCACAAGCUUGCAACCCGUACAAGGUACUUGGUAACAGCCCGCUUCCUGUUGCGCAAUACGGAGAUCUCAAUAGCCCGACCCCUGCCACCUUGGAGCCCUCAUCUGUGUAUUCAAUGCAAGAUAACUCUUCAAACUCACAUGCAGACUCAACGGAUGGAGUUGCGGCUGUUCCGGUACCUAAUUAUCGCGACAGCCAGACUACUACACACUUAGAAUGGCACCGCUAUGCGCCCUCUGCGACAGGUGGUGGAGCUCAGCAAUCGCUUCCGUCAAGCGUUAUUGCGACUCAUUCCAACUCUUCUGCCUUGACCCCCUUAGCCAACAUUCAGGAGGACACUACAACGAACCUCAGGCUGUCCGGAUAUAGGUAUCCUGGUCCAUCUCGUUAUCUGCCUGAUCUGAAAGAGGAGUCGCACGAGGACUCGAGCCUCAACACGAGUGCCAGCAACCUAAAGGGCUCGAGUUUCCGCUUUCCGUUUGGGAUACCGUCGGGUGUUCGGGCUUCGGGAGAGGAUCCGAUCAAUUUCUCGAGAAGGUCUUCUAUGGUGUCGCGUCGUCAGAGUGUUAUCGGUAGCAAUGUUGGCAGCGCGCUUGGUCAGGCCCACGGCUUGCCUUCGAUGCGGUUCAGCCGAAUGAAUCUGUUUGAUGGUCUGACCGACGAGCUCGGCCUCCGCUAUUCAAGGUCGAUGGAGGAGGUGCCUAACGCGUCGCAUAGAAUGAGUAGAGGUAGUCCACUGCGACCUGCAUCAGCAGGUGAUGUCACUGGAAUGCGCCUUUCUCUCGCAGAAUUGAAUGAGGCCGAGCGCUCAAGAUUGUCAAUGCAGCCUACCGCCAUGAUGAGCUUGUUCGCCAUGCAUCGUGCGCGUUCGCCGGAGCUCAUGGCGGAGAUUGAGCGGCUAACUAUACCUUCUGUUGGGGGCCUCACGCAGCGCUUUUCGGAGUUCUUUCCGUCGUUGAGGGAGUACUAUCAGUGUGGUGAGCCAUCUGAGUUUCCGAUUGAGGAAGGGAUCGAGAAGCACGCAUUGGAGGAGAUUCACGAGAUUCAUCCGACGCAAAAGCGCUCUUCAGCUCGACUUCGGCCUAUGCGUGGCGUAUCCCACAUGGUCGUUAUGGAGGACGAUCUCUACGAUGAGAUUACGAGCAAGGAGAAGGGGAGUGGCAGUCCAGGUCGUCCCAACGAUGGGGGUGCUGCAAACAGCGCUAGUGAGGCAGACUCAAUCGCAGACGAGUCGGCCUACGAGGACGACGUGACUGCCACCCCAACACACAACAAGACAGCUCCGCUUCCAAAGCUUCAAGUUCCGUCACCUGCUGUUUUACGUCCACGUUCCCAUACUGUCGGUCCUCAAGAGCUUCGUAUCUCAGGGGAUUCGGCUCUGUCGUCAAGAAGGUCUCUGAGAUCGAUCGUUUCGACACCCACAGCAACCGAGACGCGUCCUUGGAACUCGGACAAGAACUAUCCCUGGGCGACGUCAACAAACCCCGCGAUCGAGAUCUCACUCCCUCGUCCAACCGUCUCAAAGCACUCCCCUCGCCCUGGUCCCUCCCAUCUCCGCAACAGAGUCUCUGACGCGAGUACUGCGAGCUCUUUCUCGACUGCUCAGACAGCUACAGCAUCGCCCUUCGGUUCACCAUCUGACAGCACUGCACACGCACGUCAUCAUCGCUUCAGCGCCUUUGGCCGUAACGGUGAUCAGCCGCACGCAGUCGGAGAACGCUAUCCUACGUCAGCUUUGUCUCCCCCUACGGCCAUCUUCCGCGAUCACCUUUCUGCCUCUGACACUUCUGACGACGAGCAUUACGACACGACGCACAAAACCAGGCUCUCGCUGCGGAAGCGGUUUUCGUCAACUCGCAAGGCUAAGCUUGAUAACCAAACAGCUAUCCGAGCUAGCAGAAGCAAGACCAACGCACAAGACCUUGCCUCGCCCGAGUCUACCAAGCCGUCUACGAAUUCGAUCUUGCAGGACUGUGUUGGUGAAGCUCAAGCGUUCACGUCAUCCACUACUGCAAACCGCCAUACCUUCCGUAACGCGGAGGGCAUGAGAGCAGUUGACUACCGCAAACAUCGUAUCAUCGACCGCAUCAAGACUUGGUGGCACAAAGGCUCAUAUUUGAUUCGGCAACUAUCAACCCGCAAGCAAUCCUCCACUACGGAUACUACAACUACUUAA